AUGCUGUUUGGUGUGAGGUUGGUGAGAUUUUGAAAAUUGUUCUCAGCUCACCAAGAGCUUCAGUUUGACACCCAACAUCACCAGAUUUAUUCGAGUUUUAGAAUGCACGAGAAAUGCGUCAGCAAGGCUUACAAUUAGCUAGCGCAAUUUUUGUAGCUCGCCAAAAUACGGCUUUUACGGUGUCAAAAUGAAGCUCUUGCUUUGACCAACAAGAAUUCACGUGGUAGAAUCAACAAAAAAAAUUUUCAGAUUCUUCGUGGGCCUUGCCACAGGCGGAAUCCUCGUCGUAAUCUGCACGUGGAUAAUGGAACUCUUGCUCGCCGAGCAACGAAUGGUCCUUCGCGGCGUCUUCAAUUGGGGUUGGACGCGCAUCUUCCUCACCACAAUUUGCUAUUUCACCCAAAAUUGGCGGCACGCCUCAAUCGUCUGUGCACUCCUCACACUUCCCGCUAUUUUCCUCGGUGCUCUUUGUGCUUCCCGAGUCGCCGACGUGGAAAUCGCGCGACACUCGUCAAGUGCACAGUGUUUGGCGUCGUCAGAAGAAUGCUCAGAAUUUCUGGCGACGUCUGGUGACACUCUGGUGUAUGUGGUUUAUCGCGGCGAUUUGUGGAUUCGCGGUGGAUUUGAAUUCGGGCCGCCUGUCGGGAAAUCUGUAUUUGAAUCAGAUUUUGUUCGGCGCGAUUUUGGUGGCAUCGAAAUUGGUUUUGCUUGCGGUUGACACCAAGUAUCCGCGAUUUAGUCGCCGGAAAUUGCACCAGGGAGCGCAGAUUGCCACGUGUUUUUGUUUUGCGGUGCUGGCUGCGAUGACGUGGAUUGGGUAUCAUGUGAGUUUCAAAAUUUGAGCAGAAUUCACGUGACUGAAAAAAUCCACGGGACCAAAAGCGUUUUAAAAACUUCUCUUGAAGUAGGUGAACCUUGCAGUUCGAAAUACAGUAAUCCUUGCAGUCUUAAUCAAAUAUUGUUUGCAGGGUCCAAUAUUCCUCGUGAUCUCCCUACUCGGUACCGUAUUCAUCGAAUACACGUGGGACGCGUGCUACCUUUGCGCGAUCGAAUCAAUGCAAACGACACUCCGCGCUUCCGCCACCGGAACCUGCUCAUUCUGGGCGCGAAUCGGCGCGAUUCUCGCCCCAUUUUUGAAUAUGGCCACAGCCUAUUGGUCUCCGGCUAUUUAUUGGGCUGUUAUUGUGUUGGGCCUUGUGAAUUUGGCAAUUUCUUGGCGAUUUUUGGUGGAGACUAAAAAUGUGGACUUAGCCGAAGUGGAUUUUGAGCACGAUUUUGAGGAAGAACAUUUGGAGUUGAGGAAUAAAUGA